UUCGCUCUCUCUGCGCAGGAGACGGGACGUUCUGUAAGAACCCAGGAGGUUAUGCCUGAGCCACCAUCUUUAGUGAGGGCUCCCUCAUUCUAUAGCACUCAGUUUCUUAUUCUUAGUAAAAAUACACAGCCGGAGGUGGUUAUAAUGCCCAUCUUUUUUCUGUCCACCAUCUUAAAAUUGGGCAGGAAAGAUAGGAACAAAUAAAACGAGAACCGCUUACUUACCGACCUCCUUUCAACGGCCAAAUGUGCCGGAAGUUGAAUGAGGGAAGAGGAAGUUGAAUGAGGAGGUGCCACUUGGCCUUUAUGGCAACAGCCGAGGGAGUUGGGCAUGUGAUGGUGCUGGUGGGAGACUGAGUCACAGGCAGCUUCCCUUCUGUGUUUGUAGUCCUGUAUUAGUAGUUGGGUUAGGAGGACUUGCCUUCUUUUCACCCGAGCCGCAAGAGGGCCUGUUGUUCGAGCUGUAGAGCAGAGGGAAGGAGGAGGUAGUGGCGGCUAGUUUACACCUCCCCGUGGGUUGGUUUAGGGCCUCUGAGCCUCUCCGUGGAAGGAGCGAGCGCUUGGAGUAGAGGGGGGACCCUUGGUGGUGCUUCUUCAGCAGGUUCUGAGCUUCUCGGCAGGCAGGUGGAUUGCAGGUGUAGCGGCCAGUUCUAGGUGACGGCUGCCUCUGAGAGUGGAAGGAAGGUAUUUCGCGCCCGCUUGCUGCUUAAUGCAGCCACUUCUUGGCCCAUGACAUUUGCUCCCCGACCGGAGCCGGGAAGGUGAAUUCUCGUGAACUGAGACGCCCCUGUUAACAGCUCAGCAAGAAGUAGGAGCCCGCCAUGGAUGACUUCUUGUCGAUCAGCCUGCUCUCUCUGGCUAUGCUGGUUGGCUGCUAUGUAGCAGGGAUCAUCCCUUUAGCUGUAAACUUUUCCGAGGAAAGGUUGAAACUGGUCACAGUUCUUGGUGCUGGACUCCUUUGUGGAACUGCCUUGGCUGUCAUUGUGCCUGAAGGAGUGCAUGCGCUUUAUGAAGAUAUUUUGGAGGCAAAGCACCACCCAGCCAGUGAGACUCAAAAGAUGGUUGAAUCAGAAAAAGCAGCAGAUGUGCCAGAUGUGCAUGAUCAUGUCCACAGCCAUGAUCAUUCAAAAUUACAUGCUUAUAUUGGUGUUUCCCUUGUCCUUGGCUUUGUCUUUAUGCUUCUAGUAGAUCAGAUUGGCAGUUCCCAUGUCCACCCUGCAGAUGACCCAGAAGCAGCAAGGUCAGGCAAUUCCAAAAUCACUACUACACUGGGCCUAGUUGUUCAUGCUGCAGCUGAUGGUGUUGCCCUGGGUGCAGCUGCUUCCACAUCUCAGACCAGUGUCCAACUAAUAGUGUUUGUUGCAAUUAUGCUUCAUAAGGCACCAGCGGCUUUUGGUCUUGUCUCCUUUCUAAUGCACGCUGGUCUUGAACGGAAUCGAAUCAGGAAGCACUUGCUGGUUUUUGCCCUUGCAGCCCCUGUUCUUUCAAUGGUGACUUACUUGGGACUAAGCAAGAGCAGUAAACAAGCACUUUCAGAAGUCAAUGCCACUGGAGUUGCCAUGCUGUUCUCUGCUGGAACUUUUCUGUAUGUUGCCACAGUUCAUGUUCUUCCUGAAGUGGGUGGAAUUGGACAUAGCCACAAACCUGAGUCUGCUGGAGGCAAAGGACUCAGUCGCCUGGAAGUCGCUGCAUUGGUUCUGGGCUGCCUGAUUCCUCUGAUUUUGUCCAUUGGACACCAACAUUAAGGUCCGAAGUCCAGCAAUCUUCUCCUCACUUUCUGAUGUGAGCAGCAAUCUGGUGUGUCAAGCUGCUCUUUAAUCAUUGUCCUCUUACUCUGUUAACCACCCCAUCUGUUUUAAGGAGUUGGAGAGAAGCAAAGGAGGAUUUCUGGGAAAGCUUUUAGUAUGGCAGAUGAUACUCUUGACAGCCAGAUAUAAAUUCUGCAUAACUUCCCUUUUCUGAAGAUAUUUUAAUUAUGACAUUCUCAGGGAAGUUGGAAUUUAGAGAUGAUUUGGGAAGAACUUUGCGGCUCAUCAUGAAAUCAUAAUCAAAGUAUUCUAUAUGUCGGUGUUCACAGAUGACCUCUGGACUUUAGAUGCUGCCUUCUGACAUACAGGACUAGUUUUCAUCUCCAAGUUUUUUCAUGAUUAUGACAGCAAGGCUGUCUUGGGAGAUGCAUCUGUGAAGAAAUAUGUAUUGGAUAAAGCCCUAGGAAAUAUUUGUACAAGUUAAACAGCUUGAUAGGAUUCUUGCAUUGCAUUACUAGGAAGCACUUCUGUUGUGCGCCUUGAGUGUACUCAUCUAUAUGGUAGAAUGAAGGAGCCACAUUAUGCUGAAUGUUAGGUGAGUAUGUGCUUAUUGAAAUGGACAGUAUACACAUUUACGAAGGCUUAUUCUAUUAAAAUAGAAUAAGGCAAGCACUGGUCAGUAAGAAUGAAGGAUGUCCAAAGCAUCUACCUCUGCAAAAGCAGGGAGUUAAAGAUUUACUGUUACUACAAACAUGAAACAUUCUAAGUUGUGAGCCUGUUUGAAUUGAGCCUCCCUCUUUCUGAUAUCUUUCAAUAACUCUGAAGUCUUUCAGUCAACACUGAGUGUAACUGCAACUCUGGGAUAUAGAACCUUUCCAUGUAAGAGAUGCUGCCUUUUGGCCUGUAAACUUUCAUUAUGAAAGAAACUGUAAGAGCCAUAGGUAGAAACCUAAAACAUUUGAAAGUAUAUGUACAUUCCUGGUGCACAUUUUUACAUCAGUUUAAAUCUUCACUUCCAUUGCCAAACAUUCUUCAGUUAAUGGUUAAUCAUUUCACCUUUUUUUUUUAAAAAAAAGAGUGAAUUAACUGGUUUCUGUAGUUGUGGUUAUUCUGUGUGACAGAUCUUUCCCCAUCUUUUUUCAGCCCAGUAGCUCCAAUAUAACUCUGAUCUCUUCAAUGCCUUGUUUACAUCCUAUAUUUGUUUGGCAGAGGAUAAUGGUUUAAUUCUUCAUGAAGGUUUUUUAAAUGGGUGAUUCCUGCUUGCUGGUUUGGUGAAUAGUACAGCAGUAGUCAGGACCAAGAUUUCACCAGGGGUCUCUCUUUUUUUUUAAUGGUGGGCGCAACAUUAAAAAAUGAAGUUAAAAAUCCUCACAGAAUAAUUAUUAUACAUGUAGUCUUUCCUGAAGGCUAGUUAUAGAUCUAAUCUAAAACCAGAUCUCAGCAGAUCUACCCAGUGUAAUCCACUCUACCAAAUAUAGCUUACCCAGCUACAUAAGGAGAUCCAUUUGAAGCUUGGAUAAACCAUCUUUUUCUCUCCCUCCCCCUUUUUUUUUUUUUGCCUGCCUGGGACUGUAAGGACACAGGAGUUUGUCAAACAUCUUGUGGGCCACAAUGCAUAACUGGUGGGCUUGUGGAACACAAGUUGUAUGGACCUGCUUUGCAGUUUCCUGAAAAAAAAAAGGAACCUUCAAAAGGUAUAAAUGCAUUCUUACUGAUCAAGAAGAGUCUCUUGAAGAAGACUAUAUAUUAAAAUAGAAAUACUCUUAAAACAUAACGCAAAGAAAACAACUAUAAGAUCUGAUAUAAGAACCGAGAUGACCUGUAUGCAUGUCACAUCUCUAUAGUUGAUAACUUAAGGUAAGUUGGGCACAAGUAUAAUUAAAGGCCAAAUUCAACCUACUGUGAUGGCCAAGAUGACAAGAAAGCCAUUCCUGAGUUGACAGAAGUGAAAAGGGUAGCAAACAUGGUAACUUCUGGGUAAACAGCAAACUUGAUCUAAACAUAGAAGCACUGGGUGUAGGAGCUGGAAUUAAACCACACUUAAAAAUCAUUUUUCCUAAACUUUCUAAUAUUUGAGAGAGCAUUAUGAUACUGGUAUCUCAGAAAUCCUUUUGUCAGCCAGAGUUGCAUUUAGCUGUUGAUUGUGGUUUAGAAAACUUGCUAGAAGCUGCCCACACUCGAUCACCUCAUAUGUAUGAAAACAAGGUAUGCCAGUUCUAACUUCCCUGUUUACUAACUUUUGGCCCUGUACCACUGGUAGAAAGCCUACAUUGGACUUCUGUCCUUCAUUUAGAAGGCCACAUCUUGUGCAUUUGGGCCAGUAUUUAGAAUUACACUGUAUGCAUCUCAUGCUAAAUAUGAGAGUGGCAAGAUACAGAGGCAGAAUAGCAAGAUCUUGUGAGGAUGAAAAGUUUCCAAAUAUGGUCAGCAUUAAACGACAACCUACCUACCACUAUCACUGAUUUUCUACUCUGUGGUGACAAGAGUGCAUAGGUGCUUCAUCUGUACUGGACUGCUAACAACUAUCACAAAAGUGGCUAGCAAAGAGAAGGGAAUUUCUAGAUAAUGAAAGAUAUGCUCUAAGAAAGAACCAGAUGUUUCAUCUCUUGCAGCUGUGAGAAUCCUAAUUUUAAGGGAUAGUCCAGGUUGAAUUAAACCUGUAUUUACCAUGUCCGUUCCUAAGACUCAUCACUCAGAAUGAGGGUGUUUGUAGUGUAGUUCCACUUGUUUUAACUUCGUCAAUACAAAUUCUAAUCUAGGCUCUGGGAACCAUUAACUACUGAGGAUAAAGGGAUUCAUUAUUUGUAACCUCACAAAUUAAUGUACUCCCAUUCAUGUCAGUUUUGGACUGAGUUGAAAAUGGAAGUUAGUCUAAGAUAAGCUAUGUCUGUGUGCAACAUUAUUUGAUCAUUUAAUUGGCUAUAUUGGUAUGAUUCACAAAACAAAGGGAUGAUCUCUUGCCUGAGUUAAACUUGUUUUAUAACACCUGUGAGGAUGGCAGAGAAGACAUAUCAAGGGAACACAAUCUCCAAACGGUGGAAGACAGCUUCUCAGGAUAUCAGAAAAUGAUGAUCUGAAACAGCAGAAAAAUACUUGGCUACUCAGAGGACUGAACAACCCAGGCAUGCUCAGUGAGAGCAAGCUUGCUUUCUUUGUAACUAGCUGUGUUGAAAUGGGAAAAACUUGAACUUGGGUAUUGUACAGCUGUUUUAUGUCCUUCAUGAUGAACCACAGGAGAGUCGGGGUGGGGGAGCCUUUUCAGAGACAUUUGGAAAUAGAAUAUCCAUUUCAAAAAGAUGAGCUUGUCUGUGCUUCAGUUAUGUCUCUGAGCAGCUCUGACUUUGUGGGCACAGCUGUAUACCUGACUCUGUGUACGAAAGUGUAAUUUUAAUGUUUUUUCCAAAUCGUAGGUACACAUGAAAUCAUUCCAUGGAUGGCUGCCUUAUUUUUGUUUUGUUUUUUCACUUUAAUUGUGAACCGUUUUAAAAAACGUUGUUUUUAUUAUAUUAAAUUUUUUAUUAGCUGCA